AUGAGCCUUUUACCUCGAGGCAGGGAAUGCAAUGCGAAGAAGUGGGAACUCAUGGCGCGUCAGCCCCCAUGGCGUGGUGGACGGGCACAACGUGCAAGACAGACACAUGAACGCGAGCAUGGGAAAUACUUGGACACACGCAGACACGAUGACGAUGGGGGGUUUGGGAAGUUUGCGGACGAGUGUCGUACGACGGGGGGAGCAGCAGACGCCAAGGACGGGCUAGUACUGAAAGGGGGAAGGGGCGGGUACAAGCGGGGGGAAAGAGCAAAGGGCAGCCGCGGGAAGGUGCACGUCACCACCGGGCGGUCCUUCCCGAUUCCCUGCCCUGCCCUGCCCUGCCCUGCUCUGCCGCCUGUGCAGGUCAUGGCAUGCCAUCAAUGCCCUUGGUCGUUCGCUCGCUGCUCGUCCGCCCGCCUGGCCUGUCCUGUCUUGUCCAUAUGCCUGCCCGUCGUGUCCACCAUCCAAGGGAGCCCCCGCCGCGGAGAGGGCGACGGCGGCCCAUCGCUCUGCGCCAUCAUUCCCCCCCUUGGCCCCCCCACCCCCUCUCUGACCACCACUACCACCGCUGCCCCCUACCAUGCCCCCAGUCUCAAUAUGCCCCGCUGGGAGCACUGCCUGGCUCUACCCGCUUUCGGAGCUUUGCGCAGUCAACCAUCCACUAUGUCGGGUCGGGGUGUGAGCGCCUGUGUGUAUGCAAUGCAACACCUGCGCAUCGCUCGCUGGCCGUGGCGCCCGCGUGUGUGUGUGCAUGUGUGCGUGAAAGUAUGUGCGUGUUCCAGCAUUCUCCUCCUCUUCGUCAUCUUCAGUCACCUCGAGCGGCUCCCUCCAGGCCAGGCGGUCUUGUUGCGCUCGCUCUCUGUGACAGGUAGUGGGCCUGAGCCUAAUCCCACUCUCGCUGUCUGGUCCUCUCCUUCACCCUCAACCCGCGGGAUGACCUGUCGUCGGCCAGCGGCUCUCGGCCCGUGGCGCUCUUCGCUACGCCUGGAUUGGGCCUCUCCACCACCGGCUGCUGAGUGGACGCCGCCCGUGACUGAUGAUCCAAUGCAGCAAGGCUGUGGCAAGAGUGAGAGCAAACUAUGGUCUGGAGUCUAUUCGAGUUCUGUGAAUCUAGGCACUGGUGAAGACGAUCCCUCCCUGCCUUCGGAGAUAUUCACUCCCUGCUUUGGGAAAGGCUCGUUGCUGCAGUUUGCAAAUGUUACCGUGGUGCUAGAAAACGGCCACCGUCUGAGCAAUACGGAUGAUUAG